ACUUACAACUCUCACAGCAUUCGAGACAAUCUGCUGACACACAAAGAUGAGCUACACCAAACUCUUCGGUUCUCGCAACCUCGCCAUAGCAGCCUUCGCCUCUCUGGGAGGUAGCUACCUGCUCCUCCGAUCCCGCCUCGUCCCCGCGAAGCAGAAGGAAAGACCAGCGGGGGACUUCAGCGUUUCGGUGGAUCGAUCGGGUGGUGGAAUCUGAGUGUUCUGAACCCCACCUUAUGGAGGGCGGUACUACUACGAUGACCAGAAUGACGACACAUGAACACGACGGCAUCAUCACUAUGGGAUAGGAUGGGCGGCUCUCUCUAGUUACAGUAUUUGCAUGGAACGGUUGGGAUUUUUGUUUCAUGUCUACAUCAUUCGUCAUAAUAAUCAUCGGCUGAGUCGUUCCCAACAACACUCUUCUCGUUGCCAGUCCUGCACCCGGGUUUCUUCCAGCGAUCCGGAACACCCAACACUGCGAAAUGGGGAAGCAAUAUACCUACUGCCGGGUCUAGAAAAUGUACCUUGCGCUCGCCCGCUGCACGUCAUACCCACGGGGGUUAAGGACUUACGAUCCGAUUAUAGCACCAACGGAUGCAGUUUGCAGAUUAAGGGCGCGAUACAGCGGACUUGCUGGGUUUGCAAAUCAAUAAAGCCAUUUCCA